AUGCCCGCCGCCCCGUCCCCUUCCGCACCCCUCAUCCCCCCCGCCCCUGCCACCUCUCCGCCCACCUCCUCUCCCCCCGCCCCGCCCGCCUCCUCCUUCCCCGCGUGCCCCUUGACGGGGAAGCGUCCGCAGAAGCCCAAGGUGCCACCGACCAGGUGUCCCGGCGCUGCUGAGCUGUCGUGCUGUGAUUCGUGCACGGAUCUGAACUCGGCUCUGAUGCUCGUGGGGUCCACGCUAGGCGAUCUCGUGGCGGCUAUCGACCCCGCGCUGCUGGAUUUCGUCAAUGCAACUCUCAAGAUCUGCGACCUGUUUGCCGGCCAGAUCAAGUGCGCGCAGGCCAUGGAGGAUCUGGUCUGCGCCGCCCAGUGCAACCCCGACGCCGGCAACUACAUCAAACCCGCCGCCCCUGCCGCUGCCACUGCUGGUCCCACCAUGACCGUUUGCACGGCCUAUGCCAAAAAAGUGUUCAACAGCUGUCAGGGGCUGUCAGGGAGUUGGUCAAUCAAGCACAUGGGUUACCUGGUUACCUGGUUACCCUGGUACCAUGCCCCUCUGCUCAUUUUCACCCCUCCCCUCCCCGCCCUCUGUCCCCCUUCCAGACCAACUGCUUCGCAGGCACAACCCAGUCCACUCCCUACAUUGCCUGCUGCUACCCCCUCACGGUCCCGCCUACCUGCUGACCUAUCAGCGUGUUUCCUCCCUCUGUCUCCCCCCCCUCUUUUCCAGACCAACUGUUUCGCAGGCACAACCCAGUCCCCCCCCUACAUUGCCUGCUGCGACCCCCUCACCGUCCCCGCCACCUGCCCUGCUACAGGCAUCAACACCACUCGCUAUGCCUCCAUUAUCAACCGUCCAAUCAACUCCUCCGCCUGCCAGGCUGGCAUCCUCCCCCCGCCCGCCCCUGCCCCUGCCCCUGCCGCCCCUCCCGCCCCUGCUCCCGCCCCUCCUCCCGAAUUUUCACCUGAAUCCUCCCCUGCACCUGCUCCGGCUCCUGCUGUUGACGUUCCUCCCUCCUCUCCUCCCACUUCUCCUCCCUCCGCUCCUCCCCCCUCAACUCCCACUCCUCCCCUUCCCCUCACUCCCAGCCCUCCCUCCCCGGUCGCAUCAACACCCCCUCCCUCCGCUCCUCCCACUCUCUCCCCCUCUCCUCCCUCUCCCUCCUCUCCCUCCUCUCCUUCCUCUCCUUCCUCUCCCUCCUCUCCCUCCUCUCCCUCAACCACCACUCCAUCCCCUUCCCCUCCUCCUCCAAAAACGUCCUCCCAUCCUGCUUCCUCCUACCUUUCCCUCCUCUCCUCUCUCCUCUUUUCUGGUGUCACCCUGCUAGCACCAGCACUCCUGCUGUGA